UUAUUAAAUCAUUGCUAAACCUAUCGUAUCAUUUAAGCAAUUCGCACAUUCGAUCCUCUUUCAAUCUAUCGAAAAACAUAACAGAUGUUCCUGUCUCAGUGUGCGCUUCGUAUGUAUUUAUCAUCUUCAUUACGACAUCUGACAACUACUCGUGGUUCUUGUUCGAAAUUAUUCGUUGGAGGGCUUAGCUACGACACUAACGAACCUGUCUUGAAGAAUGAGUUUGAAAAGUACGGUGAAGUUUUACAUGUGAGGGUCAUAUGCGAUCACAAGAGCGGGAAAUCAAAAGGUUAUGGAUUUGUGGUGUUUGAUUCAGAAGAAGCAGCUGCAACUGCCUUAGCUUCCAUGGACAAUCAGUUACUCGAAGGCAGACACAUCAGAGUCGAAUAUGCUCAACCCAAAGGAGGUUUACAUCAGAAUGAGAACUGAUAUCUCAAUUUCUAAACUCAACUGAAAUUUCUGAUCUGUAGGUGAAGCACCAAAAACUCAAGACACUGCAUUUACUCUUUCGAAUUGUAACAGUGUGCAACUCAAAGUUAGUUUUUGGUGUAGAGACUCAAGUCGUUUUGUAAUUUGUACUGACACUAUAUGUUAUCGUCAAGGUUUAUUCAUAUUUGUUUGUUGGUGCUUC